AUGCAGGGGGGAUUUGGUCGGACUAAUUUCAACCAGACGAGUGGGUUGAGGCCGGGAUCGCAGAUGCGCCCCGGAUCGCAGAUGAGGCCUGGAUCGCAAAUGCGGGGUGCCCGCGUUGCCGGUAUGGGUGAGAGCUUGCAACAAGCCGUUUCGGUGAGUGCACAGGCCCCGGUGACACUAGAGGGGAUGCGUGCAGCCACACGGUCCGGUAACGCAGGACCAGGCCGCCAGGUGGGUGAUCGCAGUUACUAUAUUGGCUUACUGCGACCGAAAAUCACGGAGCUAACAACGGAGAUUGAGCGUCUCAACGAACAAGAGGAACUAAUCGUCAAAGGAGGCUCUGUUCUCACGCAACUGCAGCAGCGGAACAAGGCCCUGACGGAUGAGGCGGCAAAGUUGAAGGGGACUCUCGCUGAUAUUAAUUUAGCUUUGGAGAAGAGCACGACACAAGACCCCAGCAGCGUGAAGGACCAAGCAACAAAGCUAAACCAGGUGAAUGGGGAAAAGCGUAAACAAGUGGAUCAGCUCUUUCUCAAUGCCAAAGAAAUGGAGGCGCUGACGAAAAAGAAUACCCAAACAUUGGAAGAAGAAAUGCAAAACUUGGACCGUCGUAUUCUUGCGGAGAAUCAGGACUUCGGCUUAUACAAGGCAACGCGUGACGAAGCGUUCAAUGUGUCAGACGCUGUUCUUUCCCACCAGCACCAAAUACGCAUGCUAACGGCGAAGCAGGAGUUACUGAUGACGAAGCUUUCGACGGAUCCCGACAAGAAGCGAGCGGCUGAGGUGCUUCGUGGUAUUUUAUCUAAGCGUCAGUUGAAGGAGGAGUUAACCAAACAGUGUGCGCUUUCUGUGGAGGAGGAGCGACAACUUUUGAUCAAACAGGUGAAGACGGCCCGUGGGGACAUUGAGGUCCUUGAACGUCAGGUGAAUGAGACGCGCGAUGCUCUUAGCGAAUCAAAGAACCGCUGCGCCUCCCUGGAUGAAGAGUUGAAGAGUUACAGUGGGGAUAACAUUAAGGCAUUCCAGGAGCUACAGGAAAAGGACCGCGAACUGCAAAGCUUCAUGGACUCGUUUCCUGCUAAGUUGAAGGAGGAGAUGGACAAAAUUACCGAGGUGCAGAGGAACAUCGCGACACUGCUUGAGCGAAUCUCUCAAGCUUUAGAACUCAAGAAGCAAAUGCCACAAGAAGGGUCACCAAACGCCCUUCAAGCGCUAGAAAGUGAGGUAGACGCAAAGCGAAACCAGAUUGAGCACGACACAAUGACACACCAGCGACUUGAGAGGGAGUUGAUGGACCGCAAGGUUGAACUUGAGAAGGUGGAGAACUUGGACACAAAGAUCAAGGCGGAGCUGCAGGCACACGCUCUUAAGAUGGAAGAGCAGUCACAAGAGAUGAUCAAAUACGGUGACAUGGACGGAUUGCGCCGCAACGUGGACGCCCGCCGCACGGAACUUCUCAAUGAAAGAACAUUCUUGAUAAAGCUGCGUGACUCAAGCAAGCAGCAACUAAAUGUGCUUAGUGGAACAGUCGACACUUUGCGCAAGCAGUUGAAUGAAGACACUUCGUACCGGUCCAUGUCCACACUUGAGGGACGCCUGCGGCAACUGCGUCAGUCCUCUUUCACACUCGAAGAAUUUGUUCGUUUGAAGGGGAGGGAGAGCUACUUCGUUGGAUUGAAGACAGAGUGCUUGCGUCUUGUGGAUGAGAUUAAUAUACUUCUAAAAGAAACAGAGCAGGCGCGUGGCACCUCCGUGGGCGGAGGUGCGGUCCUGAUGGUUGGUGACCGCUGA